AUGGCUUCAGAAGGCGAAGCGCCGACGGCCACGUCCACGGCGUGGUUCCAACGCCACCACCAGCCCGCGCAGCAACCUCUGCAGCAGCUGCAGCACUUACAACAGCACGUGCUGCAGCAGCAGCACCCACAGCAACAACUGCUGCAGCAGCCCGUGCAGUACCAGCCGGCGUACCAGCCGCCGCUGCACCUGUACCAACAGCAGGCAGUGGCCGCGCCGCAGCAAGCGUUCCAGUACGAGUACCAGAACUACCAGCUCGAGCCGGAGCUGGUCUACGAGGUGGCGGCGGUACCGCAGGUGGUCAAGAAGAAGCCGUCCUACGCGUCCCUGUACCCGUGGCCCGAGAAGCCCGCCUACCGCUCCGUGCCCCUGCACGUCCCCAGCGCGGCGCCGUCCUACACGCCCCAGCACCACAGCGGCGGGUACGCUGGCUGGACGCGCAUCCCAGUGCUGGACGAGGAGGGCGGCAACCAGUGGGUGGCCUGGGUGCCCGAGGAGCUGGGUGACUUCGUCAUCGUGCGCAAGGACAAGCUCAAGCCCAAGAAGAAGAAGGUCGAGGAGGAGGAGGAAGAAGAGCCAGAGCCGCCCAAGCCCAAGCCCAAGAAGAAGGUCAAGACCAUUGUGGAGGAGGACGCCCCCGAGGAGGAGCCCCCCAAGCCCAAGAAGAAGGUCAAGACCAUUGUGGAGGAGGAGGCCCCCGAGGAGGAGCCCCCCAAGCCCAAGAAGAAGAUCAAGACCAUCGUCGAGGACGAGGUGCCGCCCAAGAAGACCACCAAGACCACGGUGACCACGGAGGAGCAGGGCGAGCCCGGCACCUCCGUCAAGGAGACCUCCACGUCCUCCGACACCAGGGUGACUAAGACGGAGGUGAUCGAGCAGGCGUCCACCAUGCCCGAGUCCGUGUCGGUGCCCGCGCCCACCAAGUGACGUCACCGCUGACGUCAUCCCUGCAGCCGGGCGGUCUCCGCCGGCCAACCCCCAAGACAAAUAGUCCACGCGGUUCGAAGAAGACCCCGCGUUCGAGAUUCGUCAAUCAGUGAACAGUGUAGGUGCCUGUGGCUGUGCCGGAGCGUGCGGCCGGGGCAGCGUCCAGUCUUCCAUUGCCGUGCCAUCUGGACCUCGCCCCGCCUGCGACGCGCCGCGCGGCACACCCCGAAGAACCGCUCCGUCGCUCUGUCCCUCUCGCACCCCCACGGGGCGCGCCUCGCGUGUGACGGAGACAGAGCGACGGAGCGACUGUCCGGAAUCGGUCUGCACCGCCCAAACACACCCCGCACAGCAGUUGUCAAACGUCAAGGUUGUGGAGAAUAAAAGUCGUGUCAAAAUGUGU